AUGUUGUCAAUAAGAUGUAUAAUACUUCUCUCAUUGUUGUCCGUUUGGGCGUUACAGUGUUCGGCUAUUCUGAAAAAUCAAACACUGUUAGCGGUAAAAAAGGACAACAAUCGAAUAACUAUUCAGCCUAAACUCUACAUAGUUAAGCCUAAAGAAAUAAUUAUCGGUAAAGCCAAAUAUAUAGACAGGAUCAACAGUACAGGAUGGGCUUAUUUAGAGAUCAGGACUUCACAAAAAGCCAAAGACGAAGAUCAAGCUUAUGGUGCUGGGUAUUUGGAAGGUACGUUAACCGCUGAUCUCAUAUAUAGCUAUUGGUUUAACACGGCAAAGGACUAUUGCACCGACCGUUUGGAGGUCUGUCAACAAUUAAAAGAUUACAUGUCGACCAACAAAAAUUGGAUUAAAUCGAAAUCAAAUGAGUCCGACCCAUAUUGGUACCAGAUUGGACUGUAUUAUAAACAACUUGAUGGGUUGUACGACGGAUACAUGCGAGGCAAGUCACCCGAUACGCCCGAUUUGACUUGGGACGAUUUAUACUGGUUAAACGCCCUUGACGACUUGGGCGACUUAUCCGUCGCUUUGAAUCCAUCAGAAGCUAGUCAUCGUGUCCUGGGAAGUGGAUCAUGUUCGGCUCUAAUCAAAUUGAUGUCAGGAAACAAAGACAUAUUCAUAUCGCAUGUGACUUGGAGCGGAUACGAAACAAUGUUGAGAAUACAGAAAAGGUAUAGUCUGCGGUUUAGGAAAAGCAAAACGUCCACCAAACUGAUACGCGGAUUCGACAUGUCGUUCAGUUCGUUCCCGGGUGGUAUUCAAUCCGGAGAUGAUUUUUACCUGAUAUCUUCUGGUUUGACCACUAUGGAGACUACUAUUGAAAAUUAUAACAAUUCCCUGUGGUCCAACGUGAAACCGGUCGGUCAGGUUUUGGAAUUCGUGCGAGCAAUGGUCGCGAACCGCUUGGCCGAUAACCCAACUGCCUGGGCGGAUAUAUUCAAGCUCCACAAUAGCGGCACGUACAACAAUCAGUGGAUGAUCGUCAACUAUGCGGCCUUCCAACCUGGAAGUCCGUUACCAUCCAGAGACGUACUUCACGUCCUCGAACAGAUGCCUGGACAUGUGAUGCACGAUGAUUUAACAGGCCAUUUAAUCAACCGGACGUACUGGGCCAGCUACAACGUGCCCUAUUUUCCGUUUAUAUUUAACAUAAGCGGAAACCGCGACAUGGAACAACGUUACGGCUCGUGGUUUUCGUACUCCGACACACCUCGGGCUCGCAUAUUUGCCAGAGACCAUGUAAAGAUUCACUGUGACAAUUGUAUGUUACAUCUAAUGCGGUCUAAUAACUUUACACGUGAUCCAGAAUCCCGAUGCGACUGCAGUCCCCCAUAUUCUGCGGAAAAUGCAAUAUCAGCCAGAAACGAUUUGAAUCCUGUGAACGGUACGUAUCCUAUUGAAGCGUUAGGUCAUCGGUCGCACGGGGCCACCGACGUUAAAGUUACUUCGAGCCAGCUAUUUCAACAGUUGCAAUUCAAAGCGAUUUCUGGCCCCACUCAAGGUAGCAACAACAGUUUAGGACCUUUUUGUUGGAGUAAAUCGGAUUUCAAUGAUAAAGUUAGUCAUCUUGGUCAACCCGACUGCUUCAAUUUUAAACCAGUAUUACAUCAAUGGUCUUUAUAAAAUAUGUAAAUGUAUUAAACAAGUGAUUGUGUACUUGUAUGUAUUAAUAAACAAUAUAUUUUAAUACGCUUAA